UGACGCGAAGAGUUGCCGCCAUCCCCGCUUUUCUGUAUAUUGCGAUUGAUUUAUUCAGAGAUUCGUAUUUUCCUCUCUUCACUGACAAUUCUCCUUCUCCUAACUCUUAAAUCUCACCGACAUUGUUCCUCAUUUGGCAUCUGAUUUCUUCGAGAUUCAGCAAAGUUUCGAAUUGAAGUUCUUUUUUACUUUAUUUCAUCCGAAACAGGAUGAAGGCAGGCUUUAAUGGAUUAAAGGGAAAAGAAAUUUCUCUUAUUUCCAUUGUUCUCAUGUCUGCAACUAUCAUUUUAUGGUCAUGGGAUAAAACACCCGGUCUUACUACCUUUGUUCCUCCUCAAACAUCACUGCAGCUGUCUUCAGGUAAAGAUGGCUCAUCAUUGCCAAAGAAAAAGACCACCAAUGAGCUAGAAGAACAUGUCAAUGUAGCAUCUCAGAUGGUUUCUGCACAAAGCUCUUCUGUAAAAAGCAUGGGUGAAAGUAAUACCAGAACUACUUCAUAUACAGAACAAAUUCUUUCAAGUGUGUCAGAUGAAGAAGCAAAACAUGAAAGAAUCUUGGAAGCUGGGAAAAACCAUGACGUACAAACUUUUUCUCGCCCAACAACAUCUGAGGCUAAAAGGAAUGAAGCUGAGAGGGAGAAAACUUCAAAACAGGAACAAAGAAAAGAUUUUGUCACGAACUCUCCACAAAAACUCUCUUUAAUUGGUGGAAAAGACAACAUUUGGAAUAAUACUACAGAAAAUAAAGCCUGCAAUUAUGCAAAAGGAAAAUGGGUCCCAGACAAUAAUCGGCCUUUGUAUUCAGGAUUUGGUUGCAAACAUUGGCUCUCAGGGAUGUGGGCGUGUCGCUUGAUGCAACGUACUGAUUUUGAAUAUGAGAAGCUUCGAUGGCAACCAAAAGAUUGUCAAAUGGACGAAUUUGAAGGUUCUAAAUUCUUGAGAAGGAUGCAAAACAAAACACUAGCUUUUGUUGGAGACUCAUUGGGAAGGCAGCAGUUCCAGUCUUUAAUGUGCAUGAUUACUGGUGGUGAGGAGAAGCUUGAUGUAGAAGAUGUGGGGAAGGAGUAUGGAUUGGUUAUGGCCGAGGGCUCUGCCCGCCCUAGUGGGUGGGCUUUUCGUUUCUCAAGCACUAAUACUACUAUUCUGUACUACUGGUCAGCAAGCCUCUGUGAUGUUGAACCUAUUGAUGUAAACAACCCAGGCACUGACUAUGCAAUGCACCUUGAUCGGCCACCGGCAUUCUUGCGCCAAUUUCUCCACAAGUUCAAUGUCCUGGUUCUCAACACAGGUCACCACUGGAAUCGAGGAAAGCUCAAUGCUAAUCGAUGGGUAAUGCAUGUCGGUGGUGUGCCGAAUACUGAUAGGAAGAGAGCAGUGAUUUGGGUUGCUAAGAAUCUUACUAUUCACAGCGUUGUUAGUUGGGUGGAUUCACAGCUUCCAAAAUAUCCAGGUUUGAAGGUAUUCUUUCGGUCCAUCUCUCCUAGGCAUUUUGUUGGUGGGGACUGGAACACGGGAGGCAGUUGUGACAACACUAAACCAAUGUCAGUAGGAAAGGAAAUAUUGGAAGAAGAGUCCAGUGAUCAAGCUGCUGCAAAUGCAGUAAAGGGAACAGGGGUCAAGCUCUUGGACAUAACAGCUCUUUCUCAGCUUAGGGAUGAGGGUCAUAUAUCACGGUUCAGCAUUACAUCUAAGCCUGGUGUGCAGGAUUGCUUACAUUGGUGUUUGCCCGGUGUUCCUGAUACGUGGAAUGAAAUCCUCUUUGCUCAAAUCUAGUUUGCACAUAAUGGUGUACGAAGAGUAUUUGGUUGGCCCUGAAAAGGUUACAGCCAUUCAUUGGCUUGGAAAGGGUAACUCACUUUCGAAACCAUAGUUUUGCUGAGGAUACACUCAUGGGGUUACAAUUUCUCCUGAGUUUGAACUGUUGAGCUGAUUUGGUGAGAUAUUUGAAGUCGUAUGGUGCGGAGACUUGCUAUAUCACGUUGCCUUAAUUUCUUUGACUUGUCUUUUGUGGUAUAAUUUAUUUGACAUGUAAAUUAAUUACUUCUUCACAUGGCCCAUAGCAAAAAAAAAAAAGGUUGAUAGACAAAGCUGCAGAAUAGGAGCAUUUGAAGAUUGUUGCUGGAUGUUAGUUCAGCUAUGGUAGUUGAGGUUCAAGUCAAUAGGACAGGAAGAGCCGGUGCUCUUUUCUUUUUCUUUUUUUCUUUUUUCUUUAAAAAAUUGUGGGGGGUGGAACAGAAUUGUUUUCUGUGUCUUAGAUUUUAUUAUACAUUAACUAGUUUGAAGCCUUAUACAGCAUAUACCGAUACAUUUCAUAUCGAAUGUAAUAUAUCUUCUACAGUUUAAUCAGGGAUAAUAUUAUUA